AUGGCUGCCGCCGACAGGGGAGGAAGGCUUUUGACACUGCCGGCGGCAGCCGUACCCAGGUCACCGUCCGUUGCGCCACGUCCAGCAGCUCCCAUCCGAGGGAAGCCUAAGAAGUGUCUGGUCUAUCCGCAUCCCCCAAAGAGCUCCCGCGUGUCUCCGUCGGUUCUGCGCUGGCUCCAGGGCCUGGAUCUCAGCUUCUUCCCCAGGAACAUCAGCAGGGAUUUUUCAAAUGGCUUCCUGAUAGCAGAAAUAUUCACUAUACAUUACCCCUGGAACCUUAAUUUGUCAUCCUUUAAAAAUGGAACUUCUUUAAAAGUCAAGUUGGAUAACUGGGCACAGUUGGAACAGUUCCUGGCAAGAAAGAAACUUAAAUUACCUCAAGAACUAAUCCAUGGAACAAUUCAUUGUAAACCCGGAGUACCUGAAAUCCUGAUACAGGAAGUGUACACCUUGUUAACACAUCGAGAAAUUAAAAGUAUCCAGGAUGACCUUGUGAAUUUCACAGACUACAGUUACCAGAUGAAACUGCCCCUGGUCUCUAGGUCAACAGCUUCAAAGUCUAUUAAAGAUAACAUUAGGUUAUCAGAAUUAAUAGGCAAUCCCAACAAGCUCAGCAAUGAACUUAAAGUAGAGUUCCUCUUCCUUUUACAAAUGUUGCAAAGAAAAUUGGGCAGAAAACUGAAUCCAAAAUGGUUUGAGGUCAAACCAACAGUGGGAGAAUCUACUCUCGAUCGUUGCGCUGCCCAAGCCUCUGGGCGCAAAUGCCAUUCAGUCAUUUCCAAGGAAAGAGUCACUCCUGUGUGUAAUUUUUCCUUGGCUGAUGGGCUGAUGGGAGUCUUCACGGGACAGGGCAGAGCAGGAUGGGAAGGAACACGAUUUUAUCUUUUUACGCCUCUCAAGCCUGUUCUAGAUUCUUGGAAUCUCUCAACCUCAGGCACAACGGGAAUUAACAAAUGGCAAUGGUGGCAGUCCACUUAAAGAAAUUCACGUGAAGCAAGCUGGAAAACAUUCUUCUGACUGUACGAAACCUGUCAGAAACGUGGAAGAGGAACCCGGAACAGUGCCUGUCUGAUGGCUUUGAAGAAGUGAUGCCACCACCUCUCGUCACUCUAACG